UCCUUGCAGAGAAUUAGUUUGGCAUCGAGACCACGUGAAACGGUUGUAGAUUGGAGCGUUGCAAGUCUUUCCAGAUUCUUCAUCGCAAUUUUUUUGUAGUGAAAGUAUUGGAGAAUAAUGACAGGUGAAGCCGAACCAGGCAAGGCUAAGGCAGCCGGAAUUGUAGGCAUACUUAUAGGAGCGGUGGGUCUUUGCAAUCUCGUAUGUGGUUUCAUUUAUGCUGCGCUUGGCGGAAAGGAUGGUUCUGGUCUGUGGGUAGGAUUCCCGCACAUAAUCAUUUUCAUCCUGGGACUGGUGACAUGGCUCAAACUGAGCAAAGGAGCGCUCAUCGGUUACCUGGUACUGAGCAUUCUAAUGCAAAUUGUGACCAUUGUUUUCGUGAUUAUCUGCCUGAUUGCCUGGCUUAUCUGGCACAUAAUCCGAAAGGUGGUGGAGUCAGAAUGCGCACAACAAGGAGACCAGUGCGUUUGCCAUGCUGAGAAGAAGGUUCCAAUCCCAGUUGACAAAUGCAGUCACAUCAAUACAAUUGAAAGCUGUUUUGCCUGCAUGACGUUCGUUAACAUCAUCGGAGCCAUUUUGCUUCUUGCUGCCUCUAUCAUUGGCUGUAUGGGAACCUGCUGCGCCAAAUCUGAAACCAACGUAGUUGUUGUGCAACAGCCUGCUGUGGUGAUGACGACUCAACAACAAGGUCAAGCUCCACCAGAAUACCCUGAAAAGCCAGGUUACUAAGUGAUCUUGUCUCCGCUAGCGGAGAAAAAAAGGAAAGGAGACAGGAGAGGGGAAAUACAAUGCACUUAAAAGUUCAAUGCACAAAUUACAAAAAAUUUCGCUGCUUAAAUUUUAACAUAUAUCAUACUUAUAGUUGCCUACAGUUCAGUGUAUUUGAUGUAGAGCCAUUCUGAACACAGCGAAAGUCAGUUGGCCAGCGCGCUUUGACAAUGGACGACGGCUGCAGUUUUCGUGUUUGUCUCGGUGCUCGGUUUUACAACUUCUGCCUCAGGGCCCUCUGUCUCUUCCUUCCUCCAGGGAGGUAGAGCGAUGGCCUUGGGAACGAGUUUCUAUGCGAGGCUUGUAUCACCUGCACAUUUUAGGAGUUUGCAUCUGUGUGAAGGCUUAAGAGAUUACAAGUCAACUAGUCAACAUUAUGAGUCUUUUGCUGUCUCUCAGACAAAAAGAAGUUUGGGUCUUUUGAGUUUAAAGGAUCAUGACAUCCCGAACGUUGUAAAAA